CCUCUCGCUGUCUAGCAUUGCCUCUGCUAGGAAUGCCUGUGCUAUCGACGGGCAGCUCCUCGCUGUGCCUGUUCUGCACCGUCGCCACACACAUAUCGUCGCGGCGUCUCCUCCCUCUUGUUCACACAGCUCGCCGCACAACUACAAGCCGCCCCUUCAGGAAGGUUGGCCUCAAUCCCAUAAGAGACUCCCAAAGGGUCUUGCGAUCGCUCAAUGACCCAGAGAAAAUCAAAUCUGUGAUACUCGCCCGCCUGGACCUGUUACGGCGACAACUCGAGGACAAACAGAACUUGGAAGAUCUGCGGCUCUCCCGAGCUGAAUUCAGCAGCCAAUGGUCGAUUUUUAAAAGAUACAUUAACCUAUGGAUCAAGAGGGGGUCUAGCGAGGCUACCAAGCUGGCUCAAGAUGCCGCACGCGGAAGGAGCAACUUAGACCAGCGCCUGAAAUAUCUCUUCUAUGCGCAGACUGUCGGGAGUCAUUUCACUCAGGCCGAAUUGGAAAACCAGAAAGAGUUGGCCGAUCUCCGAUACCCCGGGGAGUGGUAUCCUGCAACAAGAGAAUACCCUCGCACUGUGCACCUCCAUGUAGGACCUACAAACUCUGGGAAGACCUACCAUGCCCUCAAGCGCCUUGAGCAGGCAGAGACCGGUAUCUACUUGGGUCCACUACGUCUCCUGGCCCAUGAGGUUUACACGCGGCUGAAUGCUAAGGGGAAGCCAUGUGCUUUGGUCACUGGUGAAGAACAGCGGAUGCCCGAAGCGAACCCCACCAUGUGGAGUUGCACGGUGGAAAUGGCUCCGCUCAAUCAGGCACUAGAUGUAGCUGUCAUCGAUGAGAUACAGAUGAUCAAUCACGAGGAGCGCGGUUGGGCGUGGACACAAGCUUUCUUAGGCGUUCAAGCUCGUGAAGUUCAUCUCUGUGGCGAAGCACGAGCUGUUCCGCUCAUUCGUGAACUCUGCGCCCUGAUCGGUGACAAGGUCCAGGUGCAUAGAUACGAACGGUUGAGUCCGCUGAAAGUGGCAGACAGGAGUCUAUACGGAAAGCUUUAUUUACUUGAAAAGGGGGAUUGCGUUGUUGCCUUCUCGAUACUGGCGAUCCACGCGCUUCGCAGGGAAAUAGAAAUGAAGACCGGGAGGAAGUGCGCCAUUGUUUACGGCAGCCUGCCACCAGAGACGAGAGCACAGCAAGCCCGGCUCUUCAACGAUCCAAACAAUGAAUACGACUUUCUUGUAGCGAGUGACGCAGUAGGGAUGGGAUUAAACUUGAGUAUCAAACGAGUCAUCUUCGAAGCGACGUCAAAAAACAACGGCACUGUGUAUGCACCCUUGAAGGUAUCUGAAAUCAAGCAGAUUGCAGGCAGAGCCGGCCGCUACCGGACUGCUGAGCAGGAUAUCGGCGAGGAUACACAGCAGAACGACGACACAGCGCCUGUUGGUGAUUCGACUGUAGGUCUUGACGAUAAGAAACCGGAUACUGGGGUGCAGCACUCAAAACAGCAGAAUCCUUCUGUUGGAUACGUUACAACCCUCGACCAGAUGGAUUUCAACUACCUUAGGAUGUGCAUGGAGCGCGAGCCUGAACCCAUCAAGACCGCAGGGCUUUUUCCGCCGUCACUCAUUGUUGAGCGAUUCGCAAAUUACUUCCCUCCGGGCACGCCAUUUAGUUAUAUACUACUACGUUUGCACGAGAUAACCAACAUUGACAAGCGAUUCCAUCUUUGCGCGCUGAAAGAUCAACUGAAAAUAGCUGAUACGAUUCAGCCUGUCAAAAAUCUGAGCAUCCAAGAGCGGCUCAUGAUAUGUUCAGCUCCGAUCAAUUGUAAGGAUGAAGAAGAGAAGGACUUUCUCCGCGCUUUAGCCUCAUGCAUCGCGGAGAAUCAGUCUGGAGAUCUGCUCGGCCUCCCGCAUCUCCCUCUUGAACUCCUCGACGAUCCUCCUUCUGGUAGUCGGGAGUACCUCCAAAGUCUAGAGUCACUUCACAAAUUGCUCGUUUUGUACUUGUGGUUAAGUUAUAGAUUCGAGAACGUGUUUACCACCAGAGCACUUGCCAACCACGUUAAGAAAAUGGUCGAGGAUAAGAUAGAGCACGUUCUAAGUCAGUUUUCGUUCACCCAAGAAGCUAGGGAAGCUAUGAGGAGGAAACGGCAGGAAGCAUUACUGCAGCAUCUAGAGGAGUCAGAGGAAGGGGCUGCAGAGACACUGGCUAGGAAAAAAGCCAGAGGACAAGACCUAGGUGCAUCUGGAGCAUCUGUUUCGAAGCGUAAUGAUAUGGUUGACAUACCACCACCAAUGGAAGAUAUCAUCCACGACAAGGACCUCGGAAGUCGCGAGGAUGUCUCUGUGGAUGACGUCGAUGAAUAUCCCACCCCAGAGCUAGAAGCCCUCGAGCCUUCGAUGGCAGAACUGCAUCAUCAGCACCGCCGUCACCAUCCACUCACUCCCAUUCACUCCAGUGAGGGAGAUAGUGAGAGCGUCCCUGAGCUGGAUGAGGUUCACAAGAGCCACCAGGAAAGGUCCCCAAAACUAUCAGAGCAGACCGAGGACGUGAAAGGAGGGAGAAUGCCAACGAGUGUCAGCCUCAAUGCAAGCCAUACGGAUACCACGCAACCAAGGAUAUGAUGAAGGAUGAACGAUCAUGUAAUUACUAGGUUCCCUGUACCGCAUAACGUUUGUCCUCCUGGACAAAUGGCGUGUAACAUACUGGAAGAUUGGCAUAGGGUGUAUAUCCUGCAUCACUGUUAAUAUACCUUGGAUACCUGAUCUCGGUCUAGCUUAGCAAGCAUGAGAAGGAGUCCUGCAUAGAGACAUGAUUUCGUAUCAUGGCCUGUAUUAUU